UGUAAUGUUUCUCGAAUUAUACGCAGAACUGCAAGCCAAAUAUUUUGCUGGAAUGCCACCAGGAAUGGACCGCACAAAGUUGCGCACUGUCAUUGCCACAUCGCAAUCUAUGCAGAUAAACGCUUUACCGAAGCCAUUCAGAAACAGUCGCCUCCAGGCAGGGGCCAGCGCCGGCCGACCGUCGCUCCCAUGCCGACCUCAUCAUCCCUGCAAGCGCUACAAAACAGAGCCAACGGCAAGAAAACCACCCUGCUGCCCAUGUAUUCCCGAUAACAAGGCCCCGAUUACUCAGGACUCGGACGCGUCUCCUCCAUCCGCCUCCUCCUCCUCCUCCUCCGCAAGCGAUGAUGCAGCAUACCAGGCGUUGGUUCUGGAGCUAUCGGCCCUCUCCCCUCAGCAGAUCCGGGAAGCCGCCAACAGCCGUCCCGAGCAGCUGCUGGACUCCCGCUUCCUGUUUUGGCUCCGAGACCAGGAGCGCAGGGCUGCCCUGGGCGGAGCCGCGCUUGGACCCGUGGGUCGCCUGCCGGCUGCCGAGCGACGGGAGGUUUUGGAGCGACUGGGCCGGGAGCUGACAAUGAUGCGGGAGUGGAAGGAGGAGACUGUCAACCGCACGUUGCUGCCCCCGCUGGCCGCCUCCCUCGCCUACAGCAACCUGCGCAGGUGGCGGGAGGAGACGGGGAAGGAGGCCCCACAGGUGGUGGGCGGAGUGGAUCUAGAGCAGCUCUAUAGGCUGGGGGAGCAGGAGGAGGCCAAGCUACGUGAGUCGCUGGAGCGAGGGGGCGGCGGGGGCGGUACGGGGCCGCGAAGGGGGGUGAGCCGCAGCGGCAUCGAGGAAUUCGCGCAGCACAACCGAGCCUACGCGGACCUGGCGGCGGGCGUCAUGGCCCGGGUGCGCUCGCGACUGUUGGGCUUCCGAGACGACGGCGACUUCGACGCUGACGGCGGCGCCGGCGGUGUCAGCAGUGGCGGCGGCGGCGGCGGUUUCGGUGCCGCGGGUGCCGUACUGGGAGCAAUGCUGCGGCAGAUGGGCAGUGCGGAGGAGCGAGCCACGUUCCUACCUGAGGCCUUCACUCCGCCCGGGCUGCAGAUUAUGCCAGACGCGGAUGUUGGAAUUGCUAACAGCAGCGGCGGCGUUGCUGGCGGCGGAAAGCCCAUGUUCGUUGUGACGACACCCCAGGCGCUGACGGCGGCGGCGAGGGCACGCUUAGCGUCGCUAUCCGGUGUUAUCAGCACCAGCAACAAGAGCGCAGAGGAGGGGGGUGCUGCACAUGCAACAAGUCCCCCAACACCGGGGCCAACCGUCGGCGCUGCCAACGGUACCGCAACAGAAGCGGCAGCACCAGCAGCAGCAACGACGACGACGGCGGCGGCAGGGACAUCAGGGGCGAAUGCUUCCUUGAGCAAGUCCACACCUCCAUCCUCCUCAACAGCAGCGGCGCCUUCAUCCUCCUCAACAGCAGCGGCGCCUUCAUCCUCCUCCUCCGCAACUGGAAUCCCCCAACAACAGCCCCACCCGCAACAGCAGCAGCAGCCCCGCCACCUGCUACCCAGCGGCGAGGAUGAGGUGGCAGCGCUGCAGGAGUUGAUCGAGCUGGUGCAGGAGUACGACAGCCGGGUGUUCUCCCGGAAGACCCCCCUGGAGCGGCUGGGGCAUAACCCGGGGCCCUGGUAGCCCCCUGGACGGGAGUACGGGUGCAGAUCAUUAGGGUGUGAUAGAUGGGUGGGGCGAACGCAGGGUGCUGUGGGCAGAGUUUUACGCAUGCGGCUUGGAAACGGAGGUGCGAGCGGUAUCCGUGUGGUUGCCAUGUAGGAUUGCAGGAACGGGGCUAGGAAAGGGGCUGUUCUGGGGUGAUGUUGUUUUGAAGCCAUGUAACAGAGAUGUGGCCGCAUUUCCGCAGCCGUCACAAGGUGGCGAUGGGGGCACCUGGCUGGCGUUACUGCCCCUGAUGCAGGCGUGCUAGCAAACCGGUAGCAGCCAAGAGCGUCCUCCAUGAUACACCCAGCACACGCAGCUACCCCAACGUCACACGCCCACAUGCCCAUCCUCAAUCCCCAUGUACGGCAAGUUGUCCAUCCACGCCGGUCCAACUGAUCUACCUGCAGUGAAGACCGCCCACCGACCGCGGAGGUACUGUGCAUGUGCCCGGAUCACACACCCAGUCAAGUGCACCCUGGUUGUGAACCCACCUGGUGCCACCUGCCAGCAGAUACCGAUACCGCAUACGGUGGCAGCAUGGAACCCUAGUCGACAUGCAGCUAUAAAGGCGUCCUCUACAUGAGGUGAUGUCUACCCCAGCCGUACAAACAGCCUCUUCGAGCAGCCAUCUGUCCACCCCUCGAACCUACCAGCACGCUUCCGCGCUUGCAGCGCAGAAGCCCGCCGUACCCCGUGCCCCCUCCAAAACGCAGCCCCUGGGGCCUCCACUGUCAUAACACGAACGCAAACCCCAGCGCCACACUACUCUUCGCCCUAGCUACCGAAACCACCUCCUCAGCUGCACAACUGUGACAACUGUAACGCACCAUGACAGCCUCGCAUGGGUGCAAUCCACCGAGCAAAGCAACACCAUGUUCCCAACCACCCGCUAUCCUCAAACCUAGGUCUCCACUUUUACAUGGAGCAGCAUGGAGGCUCAACUAGGCACCAACUCACUUCUUCCCCUGCGCUGCAGCCGCAGCCGCCCCCAGGCUGCCCGUUCCCGCCGGUCCCGAGUUAGCAACCGCCGCCCCCAGCACGCCGCCGCUUAGCGGUACGGCACCCCCAAUCUCCUUCUCGUACAUUUCCCGUUGGGGGAAAACGUUCCGUGAUUGGAGCCGAACUGGUGACAGAGGCAUUGCGAGCUCACUUACCCAACUUGCCAUUUAACUUAUCAGAGUUACGGAGCAACCUCCUCUUGCCAUUUUUGAACUCCCUCC